ACUCAUGCAAAAUGGCAGAUAUCACAGACGAAGGAAUUUCAUUGGUGGAAGAUCUUUACAGAAGAAGGCAACCUUUGCCCUCGAUGGACGCUAUAUAUUUCAUCCAACCCUCGAAAGAGAAUGUUGUCAUGUUUUUGUCUGACAUGUCAGGAAGAGAACCUUUAUACAAGAAAGCAUACGUGUAUUUCAGUUCUCCUAUCCCAAAGGACUUGGUUAGUCGCAUCAAGAAUGAUACUAGUGUGCUACCCCGUAUAGGUGCAUUGAGAGAGAUGAAUUUGGAGUUCUUUGCAAUUGACAGUCAGGUAACUUUCAGGAUCAGUCACCCCAUUUCACCAUUUUACGGUCCUGUCAUAGUCAUGAAUCAUGAUAUCCUAUGCGCUAAUAAAGUUGGUUUUGACCUUUCACCUGGUUACUUCAUAUUCUUAAAAUGGCAAUUACAACAUGGAGGGCCUGUGGUCUUUGGAGGCCUGAGGCAAAAGAUUGUUAUAAACACAAGUUUGAAACCUGCAAGCCGGAAACUUCUGAAUAUUGGAUUUAUCACUGAUCAUGAGAGAGCUUUAGAAGACCUAUUUGGUGAAGCUGUUGAAAAUUCUCGCAAAUUUGAUGCUUGCUUGAACACAAUGGCUACCCGGAUUUCUACUGUUUUCGCCUCCUUGAAGGAGUUUCCUUUAGUCCGGUAUCGUGCUGCGAAGGCUCUUGAUGCAUCGUCGAUGACAACAUCUCGUGAAUUAGUGCCUACAAAGCUCGCUGCCGCUGUUUGGAACUGUAUUACCAUGUAUAAAUCUACCAUUCCUAACUUCCCACAGACUGAAACAUGCGAGCUACUCAUUUUGGACAGAUCUGUUGAUCAGAUUUCUCCUGUCAUCCAUGAAUGGACUUAUGAUGCUAUGUGCCAUGACCUACUGGAGUUGGAUGGAAAUAAAUAUGUGCAUGAGGUACCUAGCAAAUCAGGUGGUCAACCUGAGAAAAAGGAGGUCCUUUUGGAAGAGCAUGAUCCUGUCUGGCUUGAGCUCCGCCAUGCACAUAUAGCAGAUGCUAGUGAGCGGUUGCAUGAGAAGAUGACAAACUUUGUAUCAAAAAACAAAGCUGCACAAUUGCAACAAAGAGAUGGUAGUGAAUUGUCUACACGGGACUUGCAGAAAAUGGUUCAGUCUUUACCACAGUAUAAUGAACAAAUGGACAAAUUCUCUCUCCAUGUAGAGAUUGCUGGAAAACUUAACAAAAUUAUCAGAGAAGUGGGGCUUCGAGAACUUGGGCAACUUGAGCAGGAUCUUGUCUUUGGUGAUGCAGGAACGAAGGAAGUCAUAAAUUUUUUGAGGACGAAGCAGGAUGCAACUACUGAGAAUAAGUUGCGUUUGAUGAUGAUUUAUGCUUCUGUUUAUCCAGAAAAGUUUGAGGGUGACAAAGCAUCAAAACUGAUGCAGUUGGCCAAAUUAUCUCACGAGGAUAUGAAGGCAGUGAAAAAUAUGAUAUUGCUAGAGGGAUCAGAUAACAGAAAGAAAUCAAAUGGAACUUUUUCGUUAAAGUUUGAUUCCCAGAAGAGGAAGCAUGCAGCAAGAAAGGAUCGAAGCGGAGAGGAAGAAACAUGGCAGCUUUUUCGAUUCUAUCCCAUGAUAGAGGAGUUGAUAGAAAAACUCAGCAAAGGCGAAUUUCCAUGUGAGUAUCAUUGCAUGAAUGACCCAAGUCCAACUGACCGUGGGGCUGCUGGAGGCACGCAGAGUAAAUCUAUGAGGACAAUUCAAUCUCAAGCUCCACAUUCAAUGAGAUCAAGAAGGACUGCAACAUGGGCACGGCCUCGUAGUUCUGACGAUGGAUAUUCAAGUGAUUCGAUUCUUAAAAGUGCGUCUAGUGAUCUGAAGAAGAUGGGACAGCGCAUAUUUGUGUUCAUCAUUGGUGGGGCAACUCGAUCUGAGCUACGGGUUUGCCACAAGCUCACAACAAAAUUAAGGAGGGAAGUCGUCCUUGGUUCGUCUAGUAUUGAUGAUGCACCAGUAUACAUCACGGUAGUAGCUUUACUCAAUUUUACCAUCACCAUCGUUGUCAUCAUCUUUUUCUUUCUUCUUUGUUUGAAAAACUUUAUAGUCAUGUUGCAGUAG